AUGAAGUCCUGGCUACCAAUUGCCCCACGAUCUCACUUCUCGCUCCAAAACAUCCCUUUCGGGGUGAUAUCCAGCAACGAAAAGCAGCAGCAUCGCCCGGCUGUUGCUAUUGGGGACCAUGUUCUUGACCUAGACGCAUUCGCUCAAGGCGGUGGCUUUCGCAAAGCGCCUACGCUCUCGGCAGAUCAAUUGAAAGUCUUUUCGCAGCCUACCCUCAACUCAUUUGCGGAAUUGGGACGGCCAGUACAUCGAAUCGUCCGGUCGUACUUGCAAGAGGUCUUUCAAGACAGCACCCCUCACCCAGACAUCCUUAAGGACAACGACGCCCUGAAGAAAUCGGCUUUGCGUCCUGUAUCGGAAGUGUCUUUGCAGCUCCCUUUUGCGAUAGGAGAUUACACGGACUUUUUCGCCGGGCGCAAUCACGCGCACAACGUCGGCACCCUGUUUCGCGGAGCGGCCAACGCACUGCAGCCAAACUACAAUCACCUGCCGGUCGCUUACCACGGCCGAGCUAGUUCCGUUGUAGUCUCCGGCACCCCGCUCCGGAGGCCGUGGGGACAGGCCUUGCCGGCACCUGGCGCCACCGAGCCGGUCUUUCGGCCGUGUGCGCGUCUCGAUAUUGAGCUUGAAAUGGGCAUGUUCAUUUGCAAGCCCAACAAUCUUGGAAGUCCGAUCCCUGUCAACGAGGCUGAGGAGUACAUCUUCGGAUAUGUUUUGAUGAACGACUGGAGCGGAAGGGAUAUUCAGCAGUGGGAAUACGUUCCCCUUGGCCCAUUCAAUGCGAAGAAUUUUGGCACCUCAAUCAGCCCUUGGGUGGUGCUCGCAGAUGCGCUGGAGCCGUUCCGAACUAAAGGACUGCCGAAUGAUGUGCAGCUGCAAUCAUAUUUGCGAGAGAACCGAGCUGAAAAUGUUCUGGACAUCAAUUUGGAGGUUUCUCUGUCUGCCUUUUAG